AUGCUUAGGGCAGAUAGCCCCGUUGAUUUAUCACUACCAGCUCAAAGUGGCGUAAAUAUUUGCCAAAAUCAAACAAGCAUUACACUAAUUGAGGAAAUAGAAGAAAAAGUGAAUGUUGUUGUACCAUUUCUUGUUGUAUUGGGAAUAAUUGGUAAUUCAUUGAGUGUGAUUACCUUCAGUCAACGUAAACUACGUUCAUUAUCUUGUGCCUGUUAUCUAUUACUUUUGGCUAUUGUCGAUACGCUUGCAUUAAUCAACAAUAGUCGUCCAUAUUUUUUUAAAAAAUUUAAUCAUGUUCAUCAUCUAGAAUCAUCAUUUCUCUGUGGUUUUCAUUCAUUUUCAACAAAAGUAUUUGAUGAAUUAAGUCCAUGGUUGUUAGUAUUUGUCGCUUGUAAUCGCUUGCUAUUAACAAAAUUUCCUCGUAAUCGUCGUUGUCUUCAAACAUCUAAAUCAGCAGUAUCAAGUUUUUCAAAAUUAUCACCAUGUAUCAGUGUUUGUGGACCACUGUCAUCAAGUGAACAUUAUUUAUUUUUCUAUCAACAUCUUUCACCUAUCAUCGAUCUUAUAUUUAGUUUAAUAUGUCCGUUUUUUUUAAUAUUUAUUGCAAAUAUCUUUAUUAUAUUAAAUGUUCGAGAAAUAAAACGUCGUGUUAUACAUCAGCGAAAACAUAGACGUGAAAGUCGUAAUUUUCGUUUAUCUGUUGUUUUACUAGCUGAUCUAAUUACAUUUUUAAUUGUUAGUGCACCGGUAUUAGUUGUCGAAAUUAUCUAUCGUUUUACACGUAAUUCAACAAAAAUUAUUUUAAAUGAAAAAUAUGAACAAAUGUUAUCAAUUGCAUGGUUAAUAGCAAAUAAAAUUUAUUAUCUUAAUUAUUCAUUAUCUUUUUAUUUCUAUGUUUUAACGUCUUCCUAUUUUCGACAUCAAUUUUAUGUGGCAAUACGUUUAAAAUAUAUUCAAAAUUCAUUACAUUACUUAUGUUUUAGAACUCAAAUAAAAACCAAAGUAGGUAAAAAAACUACAGAAUCACAAUUUGAAUAUAAUGAUCCGUUUUAUUAUUCAUCACGAAGUGAUAAUAUAAAUAUGAAUACAAAAAUUAUGCUAAAAGACAUAAAUAAAACCGCAACACCAACAACAAAUUUAAUAUAUAAUUUAUGA